AUGGAAAAACGAAUUGGUUCUACCACUUUGAUAGAUGAACCGUUUGAGUGGUCAGACGAUAAUAGUCUAGACGUGUUUGCAGCCGCGAUUGAGGAGGCUGAUGCUGAAAGUUCUACAACAUGGUCAAGAUGCAAAGUCGUUAACCAUGACCGUUGGACCGCUUCACAAAGGUUACAUGGCGGCUUCUUUUGUGUGGAACCCAAAUAUGAUAGUGAUUUUUUCGAAGGUAGGUACCGCAUGCCUAAAUACUUGGUUUUAAAGAUCGUUCGAGAUCUUAAGUCGAGAUACUCCUAUUUCCGGGAGUCAUACGAUGCUCGUCAGACAAAAAGUUUUAUAGCUAUUCAAAAGUGUACAUCUGUAAUUAGGCAGCUCGCAACCGAUAAUCCACCAGAUGAGUACGACGAGUACUUAGAGAUGGCACAACGAACAUCACAUGAAUGCUUGCAUUUGUUUUGUGACGCUAUUGUUCAGACGUAUGAUACAGAAUUUCUGCGUAGACCUACAACACAUGAUAUACUACGGUUGUAUGAAGCGCACGAAGAAAGACAUCACAUCCGGGAUGCUUGA